UGGGUUACUAAAUUGUUUUUAUUUGUUGUAUUGAUUCAGAUAAACUCAAGGUUGAUUGAAAAUGUCGGGCCGUGGAAAGGGAGGAAAAGGAUUGGGAAAAGGAGGAGCAAAGCGUCACCGUAAGGUGCUCCGUGAUAACAUUCAAGGUAUCACUAAGCCUGCUAUUAGGCGUUUGGCUCGUAGAGGAGGAGUGAAGCGUAUCAGUGGGCUAAUCUAUGAGGAAACUCGUGGAGUUUUGAAGAUCUUUUUGGAGAAUGUGAUUCGUGAUUCUGUUACCUACACUGAGCAUGCUAGGAGGAAGACGGUCACUGCUAUGGAUGUUGUCUAUGCACUCAAGAGACAAGGAAGGACUCUGUAUGGUUUUGGAGGUUGAAUGGGAGCUUUUGGGUUCGGACUUUUGUUUAGUCUGCAAAAGUCUUGCUGUCAAGAAAUUGUUUUGCUUUUUGCUGGGGUUAAUGGGUUCUAUUCUGGUGUAAUUAGUAUGGUUCAUGUAGGAGAUGUGGUUGUAGCUUGUUUCAA